UAAUUGAUUAAUGAUUAGUUAUCUUUGGUUAUUAUUUGGGGGAAAGAGAACAGCGAUAAUGAGGAAAAUAAUAAUUUUUUUUCCUUGCUCAUAAUUCCGAUAAUGAAACAGCAAUUUUACAUAAGUAAAGGAUAGCUAAAAAGACAAGAUAUCUGUAAUAGGUCUUGAAUAGUCAUGAACAAAUAAAUAUUAAUUCUUUUUUUUAUAUAUAUAUAAUUGUUAUCUUUGUUUAAGACUGAAUGCAUUGAGUUUAUUGUGUUGACAUCUUUAUUGAAAUCAUAAUUAUUACUGUCAGAAACGCAAUGGAUUUAGAAGUAAUUUCUGCGUUUUGUUUAAUGCCAUUUGCAAUGGUAGUUGCUGCGCAAGGAUGGACUUGGGCAUUUGCAAUUCUCAGUUCGGUACCUUUAUUAUUAAUUUUAUAUUAUUACAAUAAAUUCAUGUCCCAAUCCAAGACAAAAUUCUUCUUGGGGUGGAGUGUGGUUACAUUCUUCUUCCUUUUUGCUGUAUUUGAAUUGGAAGUGGUACCGUAUUUGGAAAUUCUCUUUUCUGAAAAUUUGUGUCUUAUGUGUUGUGUCGCAGCUAUGUGCUUCUGUUUUUUCAUUGUCAAAUCGAAUUCUCAACCCGCUUCACAAACUGUUCUUCAGAAUGAAAAAUCUGCUCGAAUAAAAUGUGAAACAUGCACAAUUCUACAACCAGUUCGUACUUUGCAUUGUGAUUUAUGUGGUUUCUGUGUUCUUAAAAAAGACCAUCAUAAUGCUUGGUUGGAUGUUUGUAUUGGCUCAAGGAAUCAAAAGUAUUUUAUUGGUGGUUUGGUGUUUCUCUUGAUAAGUUGUGUCUAUAGCAGUAACUUGACUCUCACCACUAUCUGCCACCCUACACUGGUUGCAGGAAUACUUCUCAUGCCAGAUGACUGUACUGAUGUUUUUGACGAUUUUCACAUUGCAAUUUGCUUUGUGAGUGCAGUUUAUACUUUGAUGAUUGCUGUUUUCUGCUCUUAUUUGUUACUACAACAGCUCUGGUUUGUGUGUCACAAUGCUACGUAUCAAGAUUGGAAAGAUGGAAAUAUAAACUUAUAUAAUAAUGGGAUACGGAGAAAUAUAAUUGAUUUUUGGUAUGGUUAUUACUGAAACGAGAUCUCAAAAAUAUUUGUUUUAUUUGUCAACCAGUUUUUUUUUUUUUAAUUUGUAUGUUUGAAAACUAUCAAUUUAUUUUUGCAUUUGUUAUAUAUGAUGUUACCAACGUAACAAAUACUAAUAAUUUUUUUAAAAUUAUUAUUUUAUAUUUUCCUUAAAGUGAUUAAAACUCUAAUAAUUGAGAUUUCCUAUGCAGACUGGUGCUUAUAUAUUAUAUUUUUGUGUCACUGUAAUGCAGUUAAAAAAAGAAUUACUGUAUUAUUCUGUAUUACCAAUAUUUAUUUGAAUUUUUAUGCCAUCAUUUAUUUAUUUAUUUUUUAAAAAUUAUUUAUUUAUAAUUGUAAUUAUGUCAGCCUAUUUUAUAAGAAUACUUGUAUUUACCAAAAUCCAUUUUGAAGGGUUGUUUUUCUUACAUAUUUUGUUUUUUUAUUUCCUCAAUUUCAGCACUAUGCUAACAUAAAUCAACUAUGCAUGAAGUCUUAAUGCUAAGCAUGAGGUUCUGAAUUAAAACACGUUUUUUACUGCACAACUGCAUAGAAUUUCUGAUUUCAUGUAAGUAACAAAUAAGCGUUUUGUUACUGAAUUGCUUUCAGUUUUGCUAAAGAAAUAUGAAGGCUGUAAUUUCGGUUGUUUCAUCCAUAUUAUUAAAAGUAUUGUUUAGUUUGACCACAUGCUUCUACUUUUGACCCUCUAUUACAGCUAAAAGGUAGUGUAUUACAUAAUGUUAGCAUGUAUAUAUCCAAGAAGAGUCGUACAAAGGUUGUAAAUGAAAAUAAAUCAAAUUCCAAAAUAAUUAAAUAAGCUAAUUAUUCGGUGCUGCUUUGUACUGUUUACUAAAAAAGGAGAAGAUGAGUACUACUGUGGCAUAACUAUCACUAUAAAUAAUAAAUACCAAUUCACUAGUAUGUAAGACAUGUUAACUUGAUUCUAUCACAAGGUACCUUUUGAUAGAUGAAGUAUGACAUAGUCGAUAAUUAAAUCUCCUCACUACUAUGGAAUAAUUAGGCAAGUGAAUUCUAAAAUAAAAUAUCUUAAUACUUAUUUGACAAAAAGACAUUUAUUAUAUAUUCAUAUUGCAGGGUCUGGCAAACAAUUUUUAAUAUAACCUUAUUAAAAGUGAAAAAAUUAACAAAUAAGAGUAGAGUUUUACUAAUGAAUAAAUUUAAUUGGUUUCAUAGUGGCCAAAGCAUAAACGCUUAUUGAAAUUUUCAAAAAUGGUUUGCUAGCCUUCUACCUCUAAUCUCUCCGAUUCACACUGAAGCGAUUGUUUGUGUGAGUCCAAACUUUUGCGCACAAAGUAAACAAAAGAUUUCACACUGUUGUUUUCUUUUGCUUUAACAACUCUAAACUAAUAGAUCUGUUGCUUGACUUUGUAAAAAAACUGAAAAACAUUAUAUAAACUGCAAAAUAAUUUAUUAUUAAAAUGGUAGACAACAAAAAAAAUGAAUACAAAUUAAAAGGAAAAGAGUUAACUUUCUUUCUACAGUGCAGUAACUUUGUCCGAGUUUUACUGCUGCCCCCUAUAAUUCUAAGUAUGGCUAAGUAUUAUUGUAACAAAAAUCUCAAUUUUUAGAGUUUAUUGAUGAAAAUCGGGAUGUUAACUUUACAAUGAAAUAUUGUAAUUAUACAAAAGGAAAACGGGAGUUUUUUAAAAUGAUAAUUGAGGUUCUAUUGUAGUUUUGAGUUUUAUAAUUAAAUGUUUGAUUGCAUACAUUGAAUUGUUAUUGAUAUUCCAGCUCAAUUAUUAGAAAAGAGGUAAAAUAUUAAAUGUAGUUGUGCUAUUUCAAUUCAUGUUUUUGUUAAGGAGUAUAUCAUAAGUAUCGUAGGAAGUACCUAGUUGUAUAUAUCCUAGUAAGUUGAGUUUUUUUUUUGUACAUAAAUUCUUUCAAAUAGUCAUUGUCUUUAGAUUAAAAUGUUUAUUUUGUACAUUAUAAAGUGAGUUUUAUGACAUUUAUCACUUUUUCUUUUUAUAUUAUGGUAAAAGUAUGUAUUUUAAAGUGUAAAGUUUAUCUAUGAAUAAUUUUAUAUUUGCCUCAUUUUUAUUUUCAUAUCCUUUUAUUUGAGAUUUAUUUCUGUAUUAUUUUAUCGACUCUAGUCUUUCAUUUGCACUGAUAUCGACAUAAUUUUAUUUAUUGGUGAUUAUAAACAUUAGCAAAUUUUAUUUUCUAACUGUAUUUAUGUUAACUUUUGAUUUUAAAGGAAAGUUUGGCCUCGUAAUAAAUUUGCAAAAAUAAUAUUUUUUAUUGCCCUUGGCUGUGAUAUUAAUUGUCAAAUCUAAAGUUAAUUAUUUAUCUUUUUCAUAAAUAAUAGGAUUAUAAGUCUCAUUUACAUUAUCCCUCCAAACGUUCUGCUCAUGGGAAAAAUUUAAUCGAAAUUUUUCCACUUUGCACUACUUUUCUAUUAAAUUUCAUGGUGAAAACCAGUUCUUUAAUGCAGAAAAGGUUACCGCUUAAAGUUUGGAAAAAAGCAGGGACUAGCGUUAAGAGGGUUAGUGACUGAUUAAAGGUAAAAAUUCAUUUUUGUUACAAGAUCUGAAAAUAGGAACAUUCAAUUAAUGCUUAUUAUACUUCUUUAAACUUAUGUUCAAACUACUGAAAUAAUGAUAUCUAAUUACUGUUUAAUCUAAUAUAUUCACGACAGGUUUUACUAUUUGUAGAUACUUCUUUCUAAGUCUUAUAAUAGAGAUACCAAUAACUUUAUUUGAAUUUAUCAAAACUGUCAAGCUUUUAUAUUGUAAGAUAUUUGUAUGUAAUGAAACAUUGGCUGUAUUUUUCUCUUUUGUUGCCAUUGAAGUAUAAAUGUUUAUUGUAUAACUGUUAGAACAAUGUAACUAUUCGUGUGUAUUGUAGUAUUUUGAAUAUUUAUAAGUGGUUAUACUCAAGCCAUUUACAAUGUUUUUUUAAAAAAUAUAUUUACUGUGUUUAAUAGUAAAAUGUUGAUGUAUAUAGAAUCUGAAAAUGAAUUCUGUGUUUAUAAAGUAAAGAGUGAGAGAAAGGAAUUCUAUUUUAUGCAAAUUGUGUACAACUUUAAAUUAGAUUCUAUGUCUAAUGCUCAUUUAUUGUUUCAAAUAUUUUUCUUUUGUAAUUUAGUCAUAUGUUCAUUCGGCCAAUAAAAAACGUCCUUCUA